AUGAAGACGCUGAUCCAGAACCGCUACCAGGGUCGGGCCCCCGGGGCCUUUUACCUAAACCGACUCAUUGGCGAGUACCCGGAAGUGGCUGUUGAAGCCGUGAUCGCCGAGCUGGUGCUGGACCGAAUCCACGAGAUUGGCGAGAAGUACGAGGAGAUCAACAAGAAGUGGCUGUCGCUAAAAACCGAGAUCAAGACCUACUGCGGCGGCAAGAUGCUUGAGUACCACCCGCGCUGGACGGAUGCGGUGGCCAUGGAGCGCGUCUACAAGCAGCGCGACUUGGACAGUGUCCCGAAAUUGAUGCACAAGGUCCGCGAAGCGUUCUACGAAAUCAUUCGCGAAAGCCCAUGGGCCGAUCCGCCCACCCAGGACGUUGCUGUGGGCAAGAUCAAAAACGUUUCAAUGCACAUCGGGCAAGAUGUCGAGACAUGGCCGAGGCGCCAGGUCGAGGCGUACUACAAGAA